AGCUGUCUCUUUGCACGGCUUUCUCUUGACUCGCCACGAGACCCGUGUGCCGCGCGCGUGAGCAUGGGUGCGCAAUGCGGGAAAUCCAGCGCGGGCGAGCUGGUGGAGUUAGUUCAAUCCCCCUCCCUUGUGAUUCCGGACGGGGACCUGACCAAACUUGACAGAGUAGAUAGAGGUAGCCCCUUCGAGGCUUCUGCUGCCAGCGAUACACCCAUCAUGAAUGUGUUAGCCUGCUCGCGACGCCUUGUCGGAGCGAACAAGGGGUUUCCAUCAGCUACACUACGUACCUGAUGAUGAGAACACCCCUGCGCCCAUGGGCAUCGCCGGCGCUGGCCACGAGGCGAAGCCGGUUCCGCGAAGCAAGAGCUCAGAUUUUAAGGUGACUGCAUCGGAGGUGCUUAAAGCACGACUUUCCGACAAGCAGCUGCUUGCAAACCCGGCGGAUGUGAUUUUGAAGAAGGUGAUGUGCUGCACGCACAAGAGUAUUGUUUGCCGCGCAGAGUGGCAAGGGCGAACCGUCGUGGCGAAGCGAGUCAAGCAGGAUAUGUCUGAGGACGAUCCGGCAGAGGUGAAGGUCCGCGAGUCAUCCACGCGAGAGAUGAUGCACGAGCUUCAGAUCUUGUCGGUGAUCAGUCAUCCCUGCUUGGUGAACCUUCUGGGAGCGACCAUCAGCAGGGACCAGUCGCCCAUGUUCUUGACCGAGCUUAUGGAAGGCGGGGAUGUGGAGAAUUACAUGCGCAAGGAAAAGGAGACAUCGCUGGACCAUCAUUUCAAGCCGCGAUACUCCCUGGCGAUGCGAUGGAUUCAAUCAACUGCAGAGGCUUUGUCUUUUCUGCACAACUUGCCGCAUCCAAUUAUCCAUCGCGACCUGAAGCCGCUGAAUCUGCUGCUGACAAAGGACCUGGAUGUGAAGGUCACGGACUUUGGCAUCAGCAAGAUUAUGCCCGAGAAGAAGUCUGGCUUGCAUGAUUUUGAGCCUGCCCGGAUGACUGGGGGUGUGGGGACAUGGCGCUAUAUGGCACCGGAGGUCGUACGAUACCAAGCCUACACAGAUCGUAUCGACAUCUACGCCCUCGCCCUGAUCGCAUACUUCGUUUUGUCCGGGAGGCAGCCCUUCGACAAGUUCUGCCGCAAUGACCCCGAGCGCAUUUUGAAGGCCUAUUUGCAAGGCAAGGAGAUUCGCCCUGAGCUGGACAUGUUCAUGGGAUCCAUGGAGACGCGGAGCUUCCUGCAGGAAGCCUGGCAUGCCGACGCGGCCAAGAGACCAUCGGCUGCCCAGUGCGUCGAGAGGUUGUCCGAAAUCCGGCAGCACGGCAUUUUCCACUCCGUCAACAUCCUUGCCAGGGGCUUUGCUCGGAGUGUAUCCAAAUAGAGCGCCCGGAUCCAAUUCGCUGGCUUCACACCUUCACCGGAUCUGGAAUCAAAGCAAUCUUUCCGACGGUUUCUGACCUC